AUGGCGGAAAACGCCUAUCCUUACGACACUGCCGUCGUCCGCGAACUGCUCAAAAAUAAACGCAAGACCCGCGGCAUCCGCUCCUGUUUCCCUUGCAGACACCGUAAGGUCCGUUGUGAUGGAAGAGAACCAUGCUCCAAUUGCAUCAAGCGCGGCCAUAGCGAGUUAUGUCGUGUGCCGACUACUUCCGGCAGCGAGGCGAGAGCACUACAACCUACACCGAGGGAUGUUCAAGGGCCGAGUGAGCUAAAUCUAGAUGCUCUAAAUAGUACAAUUGAAGAGGCGCAAUCCCAGCCUUCAACUGACCCCAGCCUUCUCAUCUCUAAGCUGGAGAAGAUCGAGGAGCAAAUCUCCUCGCUCAAGGCGGACCUACGCGCGACUGUUACGGCGACGUCCCACAGUCCUCACUCCGUAAGUGAAACUCGCAAUACUGGCCAAUUACGUACCCAACCAGCUAGUAAAUCGCCUGGACGCUACUUUGUCGAAGACGCUACAGGCGCCACUAUCUAUCUGGGAAUCCACUCAGACACCCCUCUUGCACUGGGGUGUCGUCGAGCGUCGGCAACCGGAGAUGCGAUGCUGCAUGAUGCACUAAUCGACCAAUUUGUUCCACGGGCAUAUCCUUUCACUAAUCUCUGGGGGGCGGAGGCAACAGCCAAGAACGUCUGUGAGACGUUGCCGGACGAUUCGGAUAUCAUCCGGUACUGGCAGGUCUACCAAUCAAUUGUUUACCCGUUUUACCCGUCGCUGGUGACCAUCGACCAGUUCGGCCCUGCUUUGUUCGCAUUUUUAGACGAACGAGCUGCAUCUGAAGAAGCUACAGCUGAAGAUUUCGGACCUGAUUCGUCUUGGUUGGCGCUAUUAUUCGCUGUGCUAGCUUGUGGGGUGCAGUUUUCAGAUGAUCCGAUCAAGGAGCGGGAUUUGCGGUCAAAGGUCCUCAUUUGCUCAUCCUUCCAAUGUCUUCGCAUGUCAAACUUUUUCAACCAUACCAACCUGGAUCAGAUCCAGGCCAUGGCACUGAUUGGGCAUUGUUUGCGCAAUAAUCUGGAUACCAACAGUGCAUGGAUACUGAUGGGUUCAACCAUUCGAUUAGCUCAGAGUAUUGGUCUCCAUGAGGCAUCCCCGUCUCUCCCAGAAUCCGAGCAAUUCCAGCGCAACAGAUUAUGGUGGACAAUCGUUUGGCAAGAUACAUUCCUCUCAUUUACAUACGACCGUCCCCCAAGUACAAUCACAAUGAGUUGCCCCAUCCCGUAUAGACAGCAAACCGAGGGCCUUUCAUUCCAAGAAUCCAUUUUCACUAUUUGCAACAUCCUCCUUAACAAAGCACGACAAGAGACAGCUGGAAAUCUCGAAGACCCACAGCAGAGCGCGCUCAGGUAUAAACGACAGUUUGAAGAAGUUUGGGACGACGCCGCCCCGUUUCUCACGGACAAGUCACGGUGCACCUCAGUCCAAGCUCAUCUAGAACGAUUAGCCCUUGGAGUCCAUUUAGGAUAUGGUAUUUGCAGACUGAGCCGAGUAUAUAUGAGUGAGGUGGAACCUCAUUCUUCCCUUUACAAUGGUGCUGCGAUGGACUGUGUAAACCAGGCGAUGCAAGCGAUCGAGAGUUUUCUUGAUCUUCAUCGGUUCUCGGCGAGCGUUUGUCGGUCGUGGGCGUUUGUGCAUAACGCGGUUAGCUGUGCAAUUACACUCAAGGGGCUAGAGACACUACCCAUGGCGGACCAGCGGAACCCAGACGUGCUUGUGCAGCGCCUAAUCGCAGUGCUAGAGAAAGAGGAGAAGGAUUCUGAGUGGUGCGAUGCUGAUACGAAUGUUCGGUAUUUUGGGCCGUAUUCUCGGGCCCUGAAAGCAUUGCGAGAGACUUAUCGAGAGGUCGCGGUGUGA